AUGUCGAAAGAUACUAUAACUGUUCCUGCAGACAUUGAUGACCACGACGCUCAGAGGUACGACGGGUACACCGACGCCGCUGAGAGUGAGGUCAGAAAUCUGGCAAGACAACUUACAACUCAAAGCCAGUCCUCUCUGCAUGAACAUAAAUCCACCAGUGACGAUCUGAUAAGAACCUUGACUUCGAUGUCCCAGGUUCCUGGCCAGGAUCCAACCACUCACUCUGACGCUCGUUUGGACCCAUUCUCGGAGGAAUUCGACUCCAAGUUCUGGGUUAAGAACAUGCGCAAAUUAAUGCAUUCGGACCCUGACUAUUACAAACCAACUUCUUUAGGUAUCACGUAUAAGGAUCUUUGUGUUAAGGGUAUUGCUUCUGACUCGGAUUUCCAGCCUACAGUGUUCAACAUCCCAUUGAAGCUUGCAAGAGACUACUACUAUGAUUACUUCAAGAAAAACGACCAAUCCCGGUACUUUGAUAUUUUGAAGCCAAUGGACGCUUUGAUGAAACCAGGUACUGUGACCGUUGUUUUGGGAAGACCUGGUGCCGGAUGUUCUACAUUGCUUAAGACCAUCUCCUCCCACACUUGGGGUUUGGAGGUUGACAAGAGCUCCCUGAUCUCGUACGACGGAUUGUCCGUUGACGAUAUCAAGAAGCAUUAUCGAGGUGAGGUUGUCUACUCUGCCGAGUCCGAUAUCCAUUUCCCUCAUUUGACCGUUGGUGAGACUCUUACUUUCGCCGCACAAAUGAGAACUCCGCAAAACAGAGCUCCAGGCGUUACCAGAGAAGAGUACGCCAAGCACAUGGCCCAGGUUUACAUGGCUACUUACGGUUUGAGCCACACUUACAACACCAAGGUCGGUAACGAGUUCAUUAGAGGUGUGUCCGGUGGUGAGAGAAAGAGAGUUUCGAUCGCUGAGGUCACUCUUUGUGGUGCUAACUUGCAAUGUUGGGAUAAUGCCACCAGAGGUCUCGAUUCUGCCACUGCAUUGGAGUUCAUCAGAGCCUUAAAGACCUCUGCUGUUCUCUUGGAUACCACUUCAUUAAUCGCUAUUUACCAAUGUUCGCAAAGUGCCUACGACCUGUUUGACUACGUUGUCGUCUUGUACGAAGGAUACCAAAUUUACUACGGUCCCGGUACUGAGGCAAAGGCUUUCUUCGAAAAGAUGGGUUACGAAUGCCCUCCAAGACAGACCACUGCUGAUUUCCUCACCUCGAUCACUUCCCCUGCUGAGAGAGUGGCUAAGAAGGGCUGGGAAAACAAGGUUCCAAAGACCCCUAAGGAGUUCAGUGACUACUGGAGAGCUUCUCCAGAGCGUGCUCAAUUGGUGCAAGAGAUUGACUCCUACAACAAGGCUGCUGAGUCCAACAACUUGAGUCAGGAGUACAGAGAGGCACACGUUGCCAAACAGGCCAAUCACACCAGACCGGCCUCGCCAUACACCCUUUCUUACUGGAUGCAGGUCAAGGCAAUUAUGAGAAGACACGUUUGGAGAAUCAAAGGUGACCCUUCGAUUACGUUAUUCCGUGUGAUUGCGAACUCCAUCAUGGGUUUGCUUCUAUCGUCCUUAUUCUUUAAUGUGAGUCAUACAACAGGUUCGUUCUACACAAGAACAGCAGCCAUGUUCUAUGCUGUGGUUUUCAAUGGUUUCUCUUCCAUGCUUGAAAUUCUUGCUUUAUUCGAGUCCAGAGAAAUCGUCGAGAAACACAAGAAAUACGCGUUAUAUCAUCCAUCGGCUGAUGCAUUUGCAUCCACAAUUGUCGAUCUUCCAAUUAAGAUGACUGUGGCCAUCGGUUUCAACUUGGCAUUUUACUUCAUGAUCCACUUCAAGCGGACUCCUGCGGCAUUCUUCUACUAUUUAUUGAUGAACUUCAUGACCACGCUUGUUAUGUCGGGUGUUUUCAGAUCCAUUGGUUCUUUCUACAGAACUUUGUCUGAAAGUAUGACCCCUUCCGCAUUGCUGCUUAUGGCCAUCAUUAUCUACACUGGUUUCGUUUUGCCAACUCCUUCGAUGCAUGGCUGGUCCAGAUGGAUCAAUUACAUUGACCCAGUUGCUUACGGUUUCGAGUCCCUUAUUGCUAAUGAGUUCCAUGCUGAAGAUUACGAUUGUUCUGCAUUUGUUCCAGCUUACCCUGAUGUUGGUCUUGCCAACAAGGUUUGUUCAGUUGUUAGUGCUCAGGCAGGUGACAGCAAAGUUAACGGUGACAGAUACAUCUACGAGUCGUUCCGUUACAAGUGGAGCCACAGAUGGAGAAACUUUGGUAUCAUGAUGGGAUUCUGUGUGUUUUUGACUUCCUUUUACUUGGUUCUUGUUGAGAACUCUAAGGGUGCCAUGCAAAAGGGUGAAGUCUUGGUGUUCCAGAAAUCCACUCUUAACAAGUUGAAGAAACAAAAGCAACUGGCCUCUGUUUCUCAAGACGUGGAGAUGGGCUCCGACAGCGAGAAGCCUGCCGGUCUGCAAGAGGACUCCUCUUCUUCUGACGGUGUUGCUCAAUUGAUCGCCGGUAAGGACAUUUUCCACUGGAGAGACGUUUGCUACGAGGUGAAAAUCAAGUCUGAAACCAGAAGAAUUUUGGAUCACGUUGACGGUUGGGUCAAGCCUGGUACUUUGACUGCCCUUAUGGGUGCCUCUGGUGCUGGUAAGACUACAUUGUUGGAUGUGCUUGCUAACCGUGUGACCAUGGGUGUUGUUUCCGGAUCUAUGUUUGUUAACGGUAGAUUGAGAGACAGUUCUUUCCAAAGAAACACCGGUUAUGUUCAGCAACAGGAUUUGCACCUCAGAACUUCCACUGUUAGAGAGGCUCUGAGAUUCUCUGCAUACUUGAGACAAGGUAAGGACGUUCCAAAAUCCGAGAAGGACGAGUACGUUGAGAACGUUAUCAACAUCUUGGAGAUGCAAAAGUAUGCUGACGCCAUUGUUGGUGUUGCUGGUGAAGGAUUGAACGUUGAACAACGUAAGAGAUUGACCAUUGGUGUUGAGUUGGCAGCCAAGCCACAACUAUUGUUGUUCUUGGAUGAGCCAACUUCCGGUUUGGACUCCCAAACCGCUUGGUCUAUUUGUCAAUUGAUGAGAAAGCUUGCCAACAACGGACAAGCUAUUCUCUGUACCAUCCACCAGCCUUCUGCUAUUUUGUUGAAGGAGUUCGACAGAUUGUUAUUCCUUGCCAAGGGUGGUAGAACCGUUUAUUUCGGUGACCUGGGAGACAACUGUCAGACCUUGAUCGACUACUUUGAGAAGUACGGCUCGCCAAAAUGUCCUCCAGAGGCCAACCCUGCCGAAUGGAUGUUGGAAGUCAUUGGAGCUGCUCCUGGUUCCCACGCUUUGCAAGACUACCACGAGGUCUGGCUCAAAUCCACUGAGAGAAAGGUUAUCCGUGAUGAGCUCAAGAGAAUGGAAUCCGAGCUCGCCAAGUUGCCAGUUUCUACUGUUCCUCACGCUCAGGAUGAGUUUGCUAGUAGUUUCUUGACUCAGUACCUUUUGGUUACUCGCAGAGUCUUGGAACAAUACUGGAGAACUCCUACCUAUGUCUGGAACAAAAUCAUUUUGGUCGUCAUUGCCUCGCUUUUCAACGGUUUCUCUUUCUACAACGCUGGUACUUCGAUCCAAGGUUUGCAGAACCAGAUGUUGUCAAUUUUCAUGCUUUCCAUCAUGCUUUUGAACUUUGUGGAUCAAAUGCUUCCUCAGUUUGCCAACCAGAGAUCUCUUUACGAGGUCAGAGAACGUCCUUCCAAGACUUUCAGUUGGCAGGCAUUCAUUCUUGCCCAGGUGACUGCGGAGAUGCCUUACAAUUUGAUCUGUGGUACUAUUGCAUACUUCUGUUGGUAUUACCCUGUUGGACUUUACAAGAACGCAUCCGCUGCUCAUGACACUGCCCAAAGAGGUGGUCUCAAUUGGCUUUUGAUGAUUGGAUUCUUUGCUUUCUCAACCACUUUGGGACAGGCCGCCAUGGCUGGUAUGGACCAUGAGGAUAACGCUGCCAACUUGGUUUCCCUGCUGUACACCAUGGCUCUUACUUUCUGUGGUGCCUUGGUUGUUCCUACUGGAUUCUGGGUCUUCAUGUACAGAGCUUCUCCUUUGUCAUACUGGUUAUCUUCAACGUUAAGUUCUGCUGUUGGUGGAGUCAGUGUCAAGUGUUCUACCAAAGAGUACGUCCACUUCCCUCCUCCAUCUGGACAGACAUGUGGUGACUAUAUGGCUCCAUACAUCAGCAAGGCUGGUGGAUAUUUGUUGGACCCUUCGGCUACCGACGAUUGUUCUUUCUGCAGCCUGGAUCAGACCAAUACCUUCCUGGCCUCCAUGCACAUGUACUUCGACCAGAGAUGGAGAGAUUGGGGUAUUUUCAUCUGUUACAUUGUGAUCAACAUUGGCUUCACUAUCUUCUUCUACUGGUUAGCAAGAGUUCCAAAGAAGAGUGAUAGAGUGAAAGACGAGUCUUCGUUGAAGAGUGGCGGAGACGCUGCGGACGUUGAGUCUGAAACAGAAACCUCCAAAGAGGCUUAA